AUGGCCAAGUUUUCAAGGCUCUUUUACACCCUUUUCUUCAUUCUUUCUGUCUCCCACAUAUCACGUGCAAAUAUAGUUUACAAUGUCAUAAAUUUUGGAGCUAAACCAGAUGGCAAAACAGACUCAACCCCAGCAUUUCUUAAUGCAUGGUCUGCAGCUUGUGCUUCCUCGGACUCUUCAACCAUAAAUGUGCCUAAGGGAAGGUACUUGAUUGGCUCCUUGGCCUUCAAAGGUGAAUGCAAAAGCUCUGAUAUCGCAUUCCAGAUUGAUGGAACUCUAGUGGCUCCAGCAGAUUAUCGUGUUCUUGGCCAAGCUAGUAAUUGGCUCAGCUUUGAAGGUGUUAGCGGAGUUACCAUUAUUGGAGGAGCACUCGAUGCCAAAGGAUCAGGCUUGUGGGCUUGCAAAGCUGCUGGCACUAACUGUCCCAGCGGAGCCACGGCUUUAAGUUUUACCAAUUCUUACAACAUUAGGAUCAACGGGUUAUUGUCACUAAAUAGUCAGAUGUACCAUAUUGUAUUCAACGGCUGCCAGAAUGUGCAUGUUGAAAGAAUCAAAAUUAUAGCCUCCGGGGACAGCCCCAACACAGACGGCAUCCAUGUUCAACUAUCAAGUAAUGUUGUAAUAGUUAACUCCACCAUCAAAACUGGGGAUGAUUGCAUCUCCAUUGGCCCUGGCACCAAGAACUUGUGGAUUGAACACAUCAAAUGCGGCCCCGGUCACGGCAUUAGCAUAGGGAGCCUUGCGAAGGACAUGGAAGAGGCAGGGGUACAAAAUGUGACGGUCAGUAAAGCCAUUUUUAUUGGUACCCAAAAUGGACUAAGGAUAAAGUCUUGGGCCAGACCCAGCUCUGGAUUUGUCCAACGGGUUCGCUUUUUAGGAGCUGUUAUGCAAAAUGUCCAAAAUCCUAUAGUUAUAGACCAAAAUUACUGUCCUCACAAUAUCAAUUGUCCUGGUCAGGUAUCUGGAGUAAAAAUCAGUGAUGUGUUAUACCAGGAUAUCAGAGGAACAUCAGCAACACAAAUUGCUAUAAAAUUUGAUUGUAGUGCCAAGAACCCUUGCACUGGUAUAAGAAUUGAAAAUGUCAAUUUGAUUUAUCCAAAUCAAGUAGCUCAAUCGUUUUGUACAAAUGCAAUUGGGAAGACCCUCGGUUCAGUCCAACCAAAUGGUUGUUUGUAA